ACUCACUUCCCUCUGUCCCCUUUUUGUUUCUGUAAUACUGGGUUCUCCAAGAAACAAGUAAUAAAAAAGGAGAAGCUCAAAUCUUAACGGCCCUGGUUCGUAUCCCCGCUUUGCCACUACCCAAACUUGGGAAUCUGGGUGAACCCAUUAUUUCUGAGCACUGGGUGUUUUUACUGGAAGUUUGUUUCCUCCAUCUGUAAAACAAAAAUGAUCAUCUAACCCCGUCUUCCGUUAGGAAGUAAACAAUAAGUAGAAAGCUUUCAGCACAGUGCCUGGCUCAUAUAUGCACUCGGUAGGAGCUGUACCAGACAGCUCCUGACAUGUCUGUCCCUGGUGAUGGCUUUACCUAAGCUUUGAAAAAUAAAACUGAAGAUGCGUUAGUUAUCGUAUGGAUUCAAAAAUGGUGACAAGAGUAAUGAUGGCUUGACCAAAUGCAAGAUAAUUCUCACACAUGAGAAGCCUGUGGAAUGUAUUCUAUUCUCUCCUGGUUGCCAAGCGGAUUCUACCUUUUCCCUCCGAACGGUGAUGAGAUGGUUCGUCUCUGCGUCAAAUACGUCUGUGCCAAAUAAAUGAUUAUUGGAUUUUUUUUUAAAGGCUAAGCCUGUUUUUCUUAAUGACCACGGAGCCUUCCGGGUUCCAAACCCCCCUCCGCGCCCCCCCCCCCAUCUACGCCGGCUCCAUUACUCGAACCCCUGGGGGGGGUGUCUAGAAUGGCGAUCACUGCGCAACCGUAAGAAAGAUAGGCGCAUCCUUAUUGGCUGGUUAGUGUGCCCGUAAGAGGUGGCGCGGUUCGACGCACGGCCAGUCCGAUCCCGAAGUGGCGGUCCAUCCGUAGACGUGGAUGCUCUGACGUAUCUUCCGGCCCAGGCCCCACCCUUUCUGCAAUCGGAUGUCCGUAGAAGGACCGGAAGUCGGGAGAAGAGGUGUGGGGUGACCACGUGGGGGUCAGUGGAACGGAAGUAAUACGAUCUUACGCAGCCGUAAAGCGCGGUCGGUCGAACCAUUUUCCGGUUAGCGACAACGGCCGGCUCGGACGCCGGUGCUAUCCUUCCUGUAGACCGCAACUCGGUGAGACCUUCGGCAAAUAACGCUUCACCUCAGCUUUUCCCUUUCGGCGCCCCUUCACCAAGAUCAUGUUCAAGAAAUUUGACGAGAAAGAGAGUGUGUCCAACUGCAUCCAGCUGAAAACUUCCGUUAUUAAGGGUAUUAAAAGCCAACUGACUGAGCAGUUUCCAGGUAUCGAACCGUGGCUUAAUCAAAUCAUGCCUAAGAAAGACCCCGUCAAAAUAGUGCGAUGUCAUGAACACAUGGAAAUCCUUACAGUCAAUGGAGAAUUACUGUUUUUCAGGCAGAGAAAAGGACCUUUUUAUCCAACGCUGAGAUUACUUCACAAAUACCCGUUUAUCUUGCCACACCAGCAGGUCGACAAAGGAGCCAUCAAAUUUGUGCUCAGUGGUGCAAAUAUCAUGUGUCCGGGUUUAACGUCUCCCGGAGCGAAGCUCUAUGCUGCUGCGGUAGAUACCAUCGUGGCGGUCAUGGCAGAAGGCAAAGAGCACGCCCUGUGUGUCGGAGUCAUGAAGAUGGCUGCAGCAGACAUUGAGAAAAUCAACAAGGGGAUCGGCAUUGAGAAUAUCCAUUAUCUAAAUGACGGGCUGUGGCACAUGAAGACGUAUAAGUGAGCCUUAGACGCAAUGCACUUGAGCUAAAUAUAAAUAUUGUGUUGUAUCUGUGUUUGUGUCUGUAUAUGACAUCAUGAAGACAAUGCCUCUGUGGUUAUGCUGAAUAAAUUCAACAGAUACCUUUAAAAAAUGAAACGGGGUGUUGUAACCACAGGAGAGAGCAGGAAUUGGGGGACAAGUAACAGUUUGCUGCACUUUGGGAUCACAGAAGUGGUCGUACUGUGUUAGGAGAUUUGGUAGCAUCCAGAGAGGUCUGGCAUCGGGGUCUCUACUUAGGUGCUCCCAACAAGAGCUGCCUUCGAGAUUCCCUCUUGACUACUUCAUCUCUCUCUCUCUCUCUCCUCUCUGCUUGGGAAGGGUUACCAGCCAUCCUCUUGGUAUCUGAAAUUCUGGACUUGGCAGGAGUAGCAUUCCUUGGGAACCCACUGUGUUCCAUUCCAGGCACUGUGCCACUGUGCUGAGGGCAUUGUAGAACCUUCCUCACUCCUCACAACGGCCCCUUGAGGAAGGUGCUGUUGACUUUUUUACAGAUAAGGAAACAAACUCUAUAAAGAGGACUCUUCCUCCCCCAGGGUCACCCAGCUUCAGGUGGCAGAGCUUAUAUAUCCCAACACCCUCAUUUGAUCUGGGCCUACAUUCCCCCUAUAGAAAACUAAGGGGUUGGGGGUGGGCCCAGUGAGCUUUCCCCAGCCUAAAACCCCUGCCAGUCUGAGGCAGCCACGGCCAAGCACAUGGGCCUGUCUGGCCAUGCGGGCAGCCAUGUCCUCCACCUU